UACCACCCGUUGACCAACAAACACACAACAGUCUGCUAUUUGAACGUUCGCCAAGCAGCAAUCCGUCAAUACGGUCGGCCGGUAGUUGUGAUCAUCCGCGCGGUACGAGAAAGUUGACGAUUCACGGCUCCCAGCACUGUCGAGAUAGUGCACUCUUACUUGUUAUACCUAUGCAGUUAUAGAAUCACCCUCACUCCCAGGCUACCAGGAAAAUCAAAAGCCAAACGACAUACGUGAGCUGGGAAUCAGUAUCGACCAAACCGCGGCGCGAUUCGAGCCUGUGUGCGCGCAUUUUCAACAUCAUCAUUGUUCUGAUCGCAUUCAUCGUCUCCGCAAACGUCUCGCGAAUCGUCUUGCAUCAUCCAAACGGGGGUGAUCUUCCAGAAUAUUAGCUAAUACUAAGUGUAUUGAAAAGUGUAUUGCUUCGGGUUGGGAAAGGCCGGUUCCCCGUUUUAAAAUUGCUUGUGGUUCAAUCGGACGUUGAAUUCUUCAGUAAACAAAACUCAGUGAACGAUAUUCCUCUGCAGGGUGGAUCGGCAAUCAAUGUGUCAAAUCAUCGAAGGUAAUUGUGCAUUUCGAGGGUGAACUUUUCACUCGAUCAACGGGCAAUCAACGGCGGAAAAGGUGCUCCGACACGCAGCGAGAAUGCAUCGCAUAAGGCUACGCCCAUUAUGGGAGCAUUCCUGGAUGAUACCGCUGGGUAUGCUACUGAUGUUUGCAGCCCUAGGUCGACACGUGAACGCUGAUGAAUGCGUUAGCACAAAGAGCGACCGUCACCGUACGAUCAUGGAGCAGUUCCGGAAUUCGCACAACUGGAACGGGAUCAUAACGGAGGAUUCACUCAACUUGCACGAAAACCAAACGGAGCUGGACUUAUCGAAGCAAGGAUUCCACGAGGUUCACUGGCAUUUGAGCAGCAUCGUUGGCGAAGGCUAUGAUGUGUUCGAAUUGGACAUGUCGUACAACAACAUUGAAGUGCUGAAUGAGUUGACUUUUUUAAAGUUUUACUCCUUGGAAAUGCUGAAUCUGUCGAACAAUAGGCUUACUGUCAUCAACAAUUUGACGUUUGGAUCAUUGAUUCGGCUAAUGGAGCUUGAUCUGUCGUACAACCUGAUCCACACGAUCGACAAGGAAGCAUUUAAUCGCAUGUAUGGGCUGGAAUCAUUGAAUCUACGGGAAAAUUGCCUCAUUACGCUGAAUGAACAUCAGUUUCACUUCAAUGACCACUUGUCUUCUCUUCAAUUAGAUCACAAUCAAAUUUCCUUUCUUCCACCGGUUUUGUUCGAUUCCCUAGCCAUGGUGGAAGAGGUGUUUGAAAUUGAUCUCUCCUACAAUAAUUUUCAUCGAAUGCCCUACAUCGAAACAAAGGAAAUAGGUUUGCUGAAAAUUGACAAUAACCACAUCAAUAUUUUGACCGUCAACCGGACGUACAACGUGCGAGCGCUAGAAGCACACCACAACGAAAUCCAUGACGCAGAUUUGUUCCAGUUCAGUUCCGCUGAACACGUCGAUUUGUCACACAACCAGCUGGAUAACAUCGCUGGUCUUCACGAGAUGAAUCAACUCGAGUAUCUAGAUCUGUCGUCGAACAACAUCUCGCGGUUCGACUACAAUCUCAAGUAUUCUAUACGAAACAUUCCGACACUUAAUACUCUCAGACUGCAGAACUGCAGUCUGACUGAAGACAACAUGGAGGGUCUCCUGACGUCAGACUCCAUCCUGAAUCUCGACCUUUCACAGAAUAACUUCGUCCAUUUGAACAUUAGUCACCUUUCCAAAUUAAAGUCCCUCCAAUACGUGAGCUUGAACUUCAACUACCUUCAAGAGCUCAUCGACUAUGAACACAUGUCAAACCACUUCCCCUAUCUGGAGAUGAUUUCCCUUUCCUUCAACCGUUGGAACUGCUCCUAUUUUGACCGGAUCAUAUCGUACCUAAACCACACCCGUAUCCGUACGACCACCGACCCACGGGAUUGCUACAUCAAUGGCAGCCACGUGACCGAUUCGGACAUAACGGACUCGUUCGAACCGGAAUACACGCUCAACCAGGUGAAACGGGACUUGAACUUGGUCAAGAACCUGGGUCGAAGCUUGACCUACUUUAUGUACGCCCUCUACUACAACAUGCAUGGUCUAAGUAACCACACUUUCUUCCUGUUGAAGCAAAACGAUCAAAAGAUGACGGAAAUGAGCGCAGAAAUAGGGCACCUGGUGGGAAUGGUUGCAUUCAUGGUGACGAUAUUCGGUGCUAUUAUGGUGCUGGCACUGGCCUAUGGGUUGCAUAUCCUGUACAAAAAGUGGCAGAUGAACCGAUCCGUCAAGGUGGUUACCUACAACAAGCGUGCUAAUGAGUUUAGCAAUGGCGUUACCGUCAACGAAGUCAUGCGUGAUAACAUCUGAGAAGUGUGGGUGGGUGCCAUAAGCGAUAACAUGUGAAACCAAAUGGACAGCAAAUGAAGACGUCUAGAUUAAUGUACUGUUGAUAUUGAAAUAAAUUUAUAAAUAACGAUGUGGC